CCCUUAUAAGAUGAAGGGUCCCUGGUCCGUGGUCCCUCAGUGGCCUCCUAGCUCUGACAUGGCUCAACUGACCAGCGGUCUCUGUUCCACGUUUGGCUUCCUCUGCUGCCUCUUCUUCCUUCCAGCUUCUUGGGAGGCAGGUGCUAACACAGUUCAGGAACUUCAGAAGACCGGUGAACCUUCAACAUCUGAUCAUCUGCUCACCCUUACUCCAGGCCUUACUCACAAGGCUCUUUCUGUCCACACUGAUCUGAACCCCCAACGAGCUCCGGAUCUCCCUAAGUCUACAGCAACCCAGAAGCCCAAAAGGCGGUGCACCACCGUACGCCUUGACAAACCAGUUCACAAAUCUGUAGACAACUCCAAAGCCACAGAUAACCAAAACACCACUGUUCGCCAUGAAAUGACCCCUGCUUUGGAAAAGAAUGCCACCAGCCCAGGAAAAGACCCAAUGAUCCGGAAUGGACACUUAGCUGAUGACCCCAAAUCCACUAACACAGAGAAAGGAUCAGAGGGAAGUCAUCCAACCUCAGCACCCAGGAGAAGAACAACCUGUAAGUCUACAACAAGCAAAACCAGAGUAACGCGGAACUCAGGUACACCAACGAGACCUGUGGAUACCAGCACUGGGCUAAGGACCACCUCACAUAAACCCACAACUCCUUCCCAUGACUCAGAGCUCAGUAGAAAAACCACAUCUUCCUCAGUAAAAUCCCCAGAAGCCCCAAAGACCUCAUACAGGACUCCAAGGACCCCAGCAACACCAGGAGCUGAAGCUCACAGGACUCCAUUUGCCUCAGACAAGCCUGAGAAAACGACUACAGAACACAUCAAAGAGACCACAUCAGCCAGCAAGGAGACCACAAGAAGGACCACAAGAGCCCAAGCAACACCCACUCAGUAUAAAAGUGAGACCGUCUCAGCCAAUGAGAGGACCACAAGAGCCCAAGUGAUGCCUGUAGAACAUGAUACCACACUGGCCAAUCAAAAGACAACACAAGUCUCAGCAAAGUCUACAGAACACCCAGAAGAAGCCACGUCAACCACCCAGGAAGCCACACGCGUGUCACAAAGUCCCACGGUAUUCCAGAGGAAAACCACACUGACCACUAAGCCCACAAAAGCUCCAGUAAACCCAGAGAAAACAGAAGCAGUCCUCGUGAGCACGGGGCCUCCAGUCAAGGUCACAGAGGACAAGUCUACUGCUCUCUCUCCUCCUCUCCAUAAAUCUGAGACCACACGGCGGGGACACCUCUGCUCUGUGACAACUAGAACAGACCUGGGAUCCAGCACGUCAGGGGCUCACCAGCAGCAGAGCAGCCACAGCUCACCUGGAGGCCUCCACGCUGAGGGGGCAAAGGGAGAGAACAACUCGUUCCCUGCGUGGGCCAUAGUUGUUGUGAUCCUCCUGGCCGUGAUCGUCCUGCUCAUCUCCAUUGGCCUGAUCUUUUUGGUUGCCUGCGCAUCGCGAACACGCCGUGUACUGACGACCCAGAACUCAGAGGAUUUCGACCCUGAGGACAGAGGGGGCCGCAAUUCCUACCCCGUCUACCAGAUGGAGCAGCAGAAUUUGAAACCAAGCCAGAUCCCGUCCCCUCCAUGAUCUUGAGAACUGCACCCCCAGCUCUUCCAGGCUUCUCCCCUUUUCUGGAAGAUAAUUAGACUCACGACGCCAGCUUCCUGGGCGUAGAAAGGGCAGCAAAAACUGACAGAUAACAGCUGUAACCCCUAUGGGCCAUAUUCUUAACUGAGUAGUUGAGGAGUCACGUGGUAAGGGUGACACGUACCUGUGGGGGAAAAAGAAAGAAUGAAUAACGCAGGCGCUCUCCGUGGAAAGUGGUGGUGUGGGAAUAAGGCGGUUCACGGACAGCAGGGGCGGGGCCAGGGCAGGACCAGCUCUGAGAGAGGCGUGGCUAUAUGAAGCUUUGGCACCUCAGAAGAGAACAACCCAAGAGUGAAGUAGGACCCUGGGAGGCAGGAGGAGUGGAGGCAGUGCCCAGGUUUACAAACGGAUGUAUAGCAAUUCUGUCCACCCCCACUUAAAGGUGCACACAAUUCUGAGCUCCCCGAGUACUAGAUCUUAUUUUUUUUUAAUUAAAAAAG